UUUUCGUCAGCUUGUCUUAGUUCGUCGAGUUUACAAUGACAGCUCUAUGUGGGCCCUUCCAAGGGUAGCGUUUGCUCGAUAUUGGUGAAUACCAGCAACGUCGAACUGCUGUCCUUGUUUCAACUUAGAAAAAUGUUUGAAACAGGUGACGACGAACAAGUCAUAUCUGCCUUGAAAAUGGCGAUUAUGUAUAUUUUGAAUGGCGAAUCGACUAGAAUUUUACUGAUGACCAUCAUUACGCUUUGUGUUGCCGUCGAAGAAUAAGAUCGUCAAAAAACUGACGCUGCUUUACUGGGAGGUGGUCGACAAGAGCGACGAAGAUGGAAAAUUGUACCAAGAAUUAAUUCUGGUGUGCAAUUCGUUGAUGCGAGAUUUGAAACCAUCCGAACAGAAUAUAUUCGAGGGGGCAAACGCUGCGCUUGCUGUUUCGGCUGAAGGAGCCGGAGUUGGUGGGACAUCUGUCUCGCGUGUGUUGAGGAGGAACGCGGUGUUGGCGUUGUAUAGUGUUUAUUGCUCGAUACCCGAGUUGGUGCCCGAUUUGGAGGAGUUGGUAAGCGCGUAUUUAGACAGCGAGAGCGAGCCGGCUUGCAAGAGGAAUGGGUAUUUGGUGAUGUUUGGAGCGUGUCCCAGGUUGGCUGAGAAGAAGGUGGGCGUGAUGGAAGAGGUUUUAGAGAUGGAGGAGCCGAUGCAGUUGUUGAUGUUGAGGGCGAUUAGGCGUUGCAUGGAUGAGGGAGCAGAGAGGACGAAGAGAGGGGAAGAGAUGAGAAUUGAGGGUGAUUCGUGGUCGACUGAGGGGGAGGGCAAAUGGAAAAGACACGUGGUGUUUGACGAUGCGGGGUUUAUAAGGAGGGUGUCUGGGUUGCGCUUGUCGUUGAUAAGGGUGACGUUUAUGUGCUUAUCGCCGAGUAUGAAGCAGUCGGCGGUCAAAUACGAGGCGGCGAUGACGAUGCUGAGGUCUAGUCGAGCGCCGACGGCUGUGAAGGCGGCAUGCAAGGCGCUUUUGCAGUUGGUGGAUGAGUUGUCGGACAACAACGUGAGGGUGAUGGUGGUGGAGUGCUUGACGGGCGUGGCGAAGACGAGCAAGAAGGUGUUGUCUGAGUUGGUGUUGGACGUGUUAAGGUUGUUGUGGGCACAGCCGGUGAAGUUAGAACUGGUAAGAAGGGUCUUGAAUUUGGUGGUUGAGUUGGUGAUGCCCCAGAAUUGGCAGCAGGUGCUGAGCUUGUUGAAGAAAGAGAUCGUGAAGUCUCAGAGAAAAGGAUUUGAACAGGCGGAACCGUACCGGAAGCUAAUUAUUCACGCGCUGAACGAGUUGGUAGUGAGAUAUCCCGCGAUUGUGACGAGCGUGGUGAUGGAGCUGCUAGAUUUGUUGGGUGAUAAGGACGUGGCGGGGGAGGUGGGCAUGUUGGUGAUGGAGGUGGCGAGUAGGUACGAGGACAAGAGGGAGGAGAUAUUAGAGAACAUGUACAAGCACAUGGAUCAGAUAACGACCGGCGCGCCCCUGCAGUUGGUGCUAUGGAUUGUGGGCGAGUACGAGACGCGAGAGAAAUGGAUGAAGAGGUGUAUACAGAUGUGUGGGAGGUGGUUAUUGGGGAGCGAGCAGAUGGGGCGGAUUUUGGAGAGGUUGUCG